AGCUUCGAUAUGAUGAACUCAAACAUGUCUGAAGAAGAUGAUGUCCGGAGGACGAGAGGUGAAGAAAUUAACAGCGAUAGCUCCAAUAGUAAUUCAAUUGAGGAUCAACGUCCAAAGAGAAAACGCUACCAUCGACACACUCCGCGUCAAAUUCAAGAAAUGGAAGCGUUCUUUAAGGAGUGUCCCCAUCCAGAUGACAGGCAAAGAAAAGAACUCAGUUCUGAACUAGGCAUGCAACCAUUGCAAGUCAAGUUUUGGUUCCAAAACAAGCGCACCCAAAUGAAGACACAACAUGAGCACCAGGAAAACACACAGCUCCGUAGUGAGAACGAAAAACUUCGUGCUGAAAACAUGAGGUACAGGGAAGCUCUGAGCAACGCCUCUUGCCCUACUUGUGGUGGCCCUACUCCUAUGGCAGAAGCAUCCUUUCAUCAACACCAAUUGAGAAUGGAGAAUGCUCGACUAAGAGAAGAGAUUGAUCACAUUUCUGCCGUAGCUACGAAUUACGUGGGCAGGCCAUUUGCAAACCCUACCGAGGCUCCCUCUGCUUCCACUCUUGCAAGUUUCAAGAGAACGUGUCGAGCUACGGAUUUGGGGAGGCCGGCAAUGGACAAUGCAGGACAGGACGUCGACCGUUAUAGGUUGAUGGCGAUCGAAGUAGCUGUUGCAGCAACGGAAGAGGUAAUACGAAUAGCACAAGUGGGGGACCCGUUGUGGGUGCCGAGCAUGGAUCGCAACGCCACUCUGUUGAAUGAGGAGGAGUACUUGAGGUCAUUUUCAAGAGUGUUCGAUCUAAAACUCGAUGGAUUCAAAUGCGAAGCAUCGCGUGAAAGUGUUGUUGUUGCCAUGAGUGCUCCAAAGGUUAUUGAGAUCCUCAUGGAUGUGGAGAAAUGGUCGAACGUGUUUUCAGGAGUGGUUUCACGAGCAAAGCACAUGCAACUCAUUUCAAGUGGAGUGGGUGAAAACUACAAUGAAGCUCUGCAAGUGAUGAAUGCUGAGUUUCAUGUUCCUUCACCGCUUGUUCCAACCCGUGAGAGCUAUUUUCUGAGGUUCUGUAAACAGCACCUCACCGAUGACACAUGGACGGUGGUUGAUGUUUCCUUGGACGGAUUGCAUUCUGCUACUCCGCAGCUGGUUGCAUGCCGAAGAAGGCCCUCUGGCUGCGUGAUUCAAGACAUGCCCAAUGGAUAUUCAAAGGUUACAUGGAUGGAGCAUGUCGAAGUGGAAGAUGGAGGAGUUCAUAACAUAUACAAACCUCUCAUUACUGCGGGUCUUGCAUUCGGGGCAAAACGCUGGGUUGCAAUUCUUGAUGCCCAUUCUCAACGCCUUCAGAGAGCUGCUGCACCCAAAGCUGAUGUCACCUGCUUAGGUGAUGACACUACUCAGGGUUGGAAAAGCAUACUGAAGCUAGGGGAAAGAAUGGUUACAAGGUUUUGCUCCGGAGUAAAUGCAUCAACUGGGAAUUCAUGGACAACACUGUCUGGGAAUGGAAGUGAAAACGUAAGGGUCAUGACAAGGAACAACAUGGACGACUUGAGCAUGCCUGUCGGCCUUCAUUUGACUAUUGCUACUUCCUUUUGGCUUCCCAUUCCACCCAAAAAGGUCUUUGAUUUUCUGCGUGAUCCCCACACUCGAAACAAGUGGGAUAUGCUGUCAAAUGGAGGCGAUGUUGAAGAGAUGAUGCAAAUUGUGAGUGGCAAGGAAAUAGGCAACAGUGUUGCAAUAUAUCAAGCAAAGAGUGCCACUUCGAGGCAGACAACGUUGCUAGAAAGUCGUACUGAUCCUACAGCUUCUUACGUUGUUUACGCUCCGAUCGACAUGGUGUGUUUGAAUGCGAUUUUAGGUGGUGGAGAUCCGAGUUCCAUACCCUUACUUCCAUCAGGAUUUGCCAUUCUCCCUGACGGGCCGACGGGUAGCCAAGGAAGGGGAAUGGCUGCAGAAGCUGAUUCUGGAGGAUCUCUUUUGACUGUCGCACUUCAAGUUUUAGUUGAUCCUAGUCCUAAUGCAAAAGUUUCGCUGGGAUCAAUCACGGUGGCAAACAAUCUUAUUAGCUGCACUGUUGACAAGAUAAAGAAUGCAUUGAUUCCCAAAUCCUCAUGAGGUAAUGAAUAAUAUUGUUGUAUUUUUCUACCAAUUAUGUCAUUCCAUGUGAAAAUUGUA